GCCCAGCUGCCGCGGGGCUUACCGGGAAGGGACCGAAUCCAGGUCACUUUUAAGGGGCCUGGGAGGUAUUGUUUGACCCUGGUAACGCGGCCGCGAUGUGGUUCGAGAUUCUCCCCGGAAUCGCCGUCAUGGGCGUGUGCUUACUCAUUCCCGGGGUAGCCACUGCGCACAUCCACAGGUUCACCAACGGGGGCAAGGAAAAAAGGGUUGCCUAUUAUUCACAUCAGUGGACUUUGAUGGAAAGAGAUAGGCGCGUCUCUGGAGUUAAUCGUUACUAUGUGUCAAAGGGUUUGGAGAACAUUGAUUAAGGAAGCAUUUCCCCGAUUGAUGAAAAAUAACUCAGUUACACUCAUCUGCGCCUGCUAGAAGGUUAUGUAGUGUAUUAUGUAGUAUGUAAUAAAAAUUAAAAAGUAGAA